ACGUUGGCCACGCCUCCCGGGCAGUCAGGUGCGCUGCUGGAUAGCCCAGCUGGAGGGGCCUUCCAGACCCCGCCCACCCUGUUCGCCCCGCCUCCGGGCUGCCCUCAGCGCCGCCUGAUUGCAUUUGCGGCCUUGCUGCCUCAACCCAGGCUGAGCGCCGCAAGCAAAGCCGUGCGGAGAUUGGAGGCCGCGUGGGUCCCUGGUCUAGGCCAUGUCUGGCUGUGACGCUCGAGAGGGAGACUGUUGUUCCCAGAGAUGCGGCGCGCAGGACAAGGAGCAUCCAAGAUACCUGAUCCCAGAACUUUGCAAACAGUUUUACCAUUUGGGCUGGGUCACUGGGACUGGAGGAGGAAUUAGCUUGAAGCAUGGCGAUGAAAUCUACAUUGCUCCUUCAGGAGUGCAAAAGGAACGAAUUCAGCCUGAAGACAUGUUUGUUUGUGAUAUAAAUGAAAAGGACAUAAGUGGACCUUUGCCAUCUAAGAAGCUAAAAAAAAGCCAGUGUACUCCUCUUUUCAUGAAUGCUUACACAAUGAGAGGAGCAGGUGCAGUGAUUCAUACCCACUCUAAAGCUGCUGUGAUGGCCACCCUUCUCUUUCCAGGACGGGAGUUUAAAAUUACACAUCAAGAGAUGAUAAAAGGAAUAAAGAAAUGUACUUCCGGAGGGUAUUAUAGAUAUGAUGAUAUGUUAGUGGUACCCAUUAUUGAGAAUACACCUGAGGAGAAAGACCUCAAAGAUCGAAUGGCUCAUGCAAUGAAUGAAUACCCAGACUCCUGUGCAGUACUGGUCAGACGUCAUGGAGUAUAUGUGUGGGGGGAAACAUGGGAGAAGGCCAAAACCAUGUGUGAGUGUUAUGACUAUCUAUUUGAUAUUGCCAUAUCAAUGAAGAAAGUAGGACUUGAUCCUUCACAGCUCCCAGUUGGAGAAAAUGGAAUUGUCUAAGCUGAAAGGAAGUCUAAUUUAUAUACAGAGAUAAAGCUCAACAUAAUUAUUAUUGAAAUAAAAGGUAUUUUUUUAAUGAAUUGAAAUUUUUCAUGAUGCUACUAAUUUGCCACUAAAUAUUGCAAAUGGUCACCCUGAAUCUCUUCUGACAUUGGAUGUUAUUUGCUUAUAUUCUUAUAAUUUUAAAUGAGGGGACAGUGAAAUGACAAUUUUAUACUCUCUGUUUUUAUUUUUAAAUCCUUAACAGCAAAAUAUUUGCCUUUAAUUUAUUUUUUAUAUAUACUCUCAGAAAAUUCCUCUUAAUUUUUAAAGAUGCUGGUGAUAAUAAAAUUCAUUGGAAUAUUUC